CAGGCGGCAGCCCAGGCCCGGCGGCGGCCCCGGCGGCGGCCCCGGCGGAGGGCGGCCGCGAGAGGAAGCCGCUCCGGCCCGGCGGCAGGGCGCGGGGCCGGAGCCGCGGGAGGGCCCACAACGCCAGCGCGCUCUCCGGCGGCCCGUCCGUGGGCGCGCUCAGCUGCUCGGCGCAGUCGCUCGCCGAGAUGGCCAGCCUCGGCAGCCUCGGCAGCCUCUGCGCGGGCGCCCGCCCGCGCAUGGUGCAGCUGAGGAAGGUCCGCUCGCAGCCCACGCUGGCGCCCCUGAAGCCCUCCUGGGACAGCCGGCACCACGUCCUCGUCACGCCGGGCAACCGGCUCGAGGAGAUGGUCCACCAAACCACGAGCGUCGAUACGCAUCACAAGAGCAGGCUGGCACUGAGUAUGGAGAUGCUGGAGCGAGAGGUACCCAUCCAAGUCUGGAUGCAGCAGCAGAUGGCGGAGAAGAAGAAGGUAGAGGCCAGAGCCGACAUAAGGAGCCAAGAGAGCGAGGACGACGAUGAUUGGUGAUGGCUCCAACUCUGCGCUCGAUGCAUGUGGCACCCGAAUUGGCCCUUUUCAUGCAGUGUCUA